UUCCGCGUGAACGUGACCUUCUAUGAUGACAAACGAAUGCUUGACCUGAGCAACUACAUCCUCAGUCCGGAGUGGAGCAUUCUCAGCUCAAAGGCCAUCUUUAAAGAGACUUACUAUCCCUGUUGCCCAGAACCGUAUCCGGACAUCUCAUUCUACAUCCUCAUCGAGCGACAGUCGAAAUUCUACAGCUACAUCCUCAUUUUGCCAUGUUUUUUACUGUCCUGGCUCACACUAGUCCUCUUCUGGCUGCCCCCAGAAACACCGGCUAAAAUGGUUCUGGGUAGGUAG